GUUAACGGUUUCCGGAUGCCGCCGGUUGCUGGCGAGGGCAUUCCUCUAGUCCCCAUCGCUGUCCGGGCGUUGGCUCUCCGCAUUAUAACAGCCAUGCGCGCGCGGCUCCUCUCCCUCCUCCACAGAGUCAAACCCUUGACCUCCUCCGCCGGCAAGAUGGAUGGCCUCCAGCGCCUUCGUACCCGCGUAUGCAUCAUCGGCAGCGGCCCAGCCGCCCACACGGCCGCGAUUUAUUCCGCGCGGGCGGAGCUCCGCCCUAUCGUCUUCGAGGGAUGGAUGGCCAACGGCAUCGCUGCCGGCGGCCAGCUCACCACCACUACCGACGUCGAGAACUUCCCAGGCUUCCCGCAGGGCAUCCUCGGCUACGAGCUAAUGGACCGCUGUCGCGAGCAGAGCCUCCGCUUCGGUACCCGAAUCAUCACCGAGACGGUCACCCGGGUCGAUUUCUCCGCCCGCCCUUUGUGCGUCUAUUCCGAUACGACGGUCGUCGAAGCGGACUCCGUCAUCGUCGCCACCGGCGCGGUCGCCAAACGCCUCCACUUCCCCGGCGCCGAGGAGUUCUGGAACCGCGGCAUCUCGGCGUGCGCCGUCUGCGACGGCGCCGCGCCCCUUUUCAGGAACAAGCCUCUGGCAGUCAUCGGAGGCGGCGACUCCGCCAUGGAGGAAUCCAACUUCCUGACGAAGUACGGAUCCAAGGUUUACGUCAUCCACCGAAGGGACGCCUUCAGGGCGUCGAAGAUCAUGCAGAACCGGACCCUCGGAAACCCUAAGGUGGAGGUUGUCUGGAACUCGGUUAUCGCCGAGGCCUUUGGCGACGCCGACGGCAGAGUCUUGGGUGGAUUGAAGGUAAAAAAUGUGGUGAAUGGCGAAACCACAGACCUGAAGGUGUCCGGAUUGUUCUUUGCAAUCGGGCACGAGCCGGCGACAGCAUUCUUGGAGAAACAGCUGGAGCUCGAUGAAGAUGGCUACAUCGUAACGAAGCCAGGCACGACGAAGACGAGCGUCCCGGGAGUGUUUGCGGCCGGUGACGUGCAGGAUAAGAAGUAUAGGCAGGCCAUCACGGCUGCAGGCACAGGUUGCAUGGCUGCUUUGGAUGCUGAACACUACUUGCAGGAGAUAGGAGAACAAGAGGGUAAGUAUGAUUGACUAGUCUCUCUUGGGGAGCCCCAAGCACGUACCAAGCUUCGAGUGAGAGCGACCUUGUAGCAUCUUGUUGUCAUUGCCCACUUGGAAGUCCAUCCCUGGUUUUACAGUAUGAUCUUUGGCAAAUUGAAGUAUUGUAUGGAACAUGUUAUGAGCAUUUAUUCGAACAUUUAUUCAAUUGUUGUUGAAAUA